UUGAUGAUGGCCAGUCCAAAACAAAGAAAAUUUGCAUUGAUUAGCACGAUUGUUGGUACUUCAUUUCUUGGAUUUCUUUUUGGACCCAUGUCAUUCUUGGUCAUCAGCGGAUUAUUGGGUGGAGUAGCAUGGCGAAUUUGGCGACAAACAACAGAAUGGUGGAAAUACCUUCCUUCUAAUUUGAUGAACAAUCAUUCAUUGUAUUCGAUGAUCCGAUCUCAAGUAGGACAACAUCGUGCUGAAGAUCAAGUACGUGAUCAAACUAUUCAACGUAUCAGAGAAUGGGGAAAAACAGAUCAAGGAAGACGGAUUCUUUUGGAUGAUUUUAAUGUGGAUCAUAUAGAUCAAUUGAUUUUUUUACCCACUCAUUCACAUGCCACCUAUACCUUGGUUGAAUCCAUCAAUGCCAAUCAAUUUACACAAAAACAAGUGGAUAUUCAAUUCUUAAUAGAAGAAUCACAAGAUAUGGGUGGAUGUAUGGUCAGUGCCAAAGCAUGGAUUGAUAGUGAUACUGGUAAAGUGACUUUAAAAGAUAUUAAAUUAUCUUCUCCUGAUUGGUCUUUGGAUAAACAUGUACCAUUAAAACAAAAUAAUAAUAAUAAUGAUAGAGUGAUUGAAGGUGAAUUUAAAGAUAUUUUUUAA